CUCUUAGAGACCGUGGGGAGCAUCCAACGGCUUGAUAGCCCAGGGCAAGGACAAACCCAAGGAGAGGUCAAUCUUGCAAAAUUAGGAGACUCAAGUCGCUUCCACCGUUUCCUGAGCCCACUGUGUGCCUGUCUUGCAGUAUUUGAACGAUUAGCCUUCCUGCGAGACCCAAUUCGGAUUUCAACUAUUGCCUAGAUGCUUGCUCUGUCAAGGCGCCACCUAGUGUCUCCUUUGCUCAGCAUGACAUCAUUCAGCCGGUUCUACAGAGGUGACAGCCCGACAGACUCCCAGAAAGAUAUGAUUGAAAUCCCUUUGCCUCCGUGGCAGGAACGAACCGAUGAAUCCAUAGAAACCAAAAGAGCGCGCCUGCUCUAUGAGAGCAGGAAGCGGGGGAUGCUGGAGAACUGCAUUCUGCUCAGCCUCUUUGCUAAAGAAUAUCUGCACCACAUGACAGAGAAACAGCUGAACCUCUAUGAUCGCCUGAUCAAUGAGCCCAGUAAUGACUGGGAUAUUUACUACUGGGCUACAGAAGCAAAACCAGCCCCAGAAAUAUUUGAAAAUGAAGUCAUGGCACUGCUGAGAGACUUUGCUAAAAACAAAAACAAAGAACAGAGACUGCGUGCCCCAGAUCUCGAAUACCUCUUUGAAAAGCCACAAUGAGCUGUGCUCCCCUGCCUGCUGUGGGGGCUCAGGCCAUGGACCCUAGUGCUUAUGACAGAUGCUGGCUUUGACUUCCUGCUUUUCCUUGGACACUCAGCUCACCUGGACCCUCCUGCCCUGAGGGAUGGACCCACCUCCCUUAGGACAUGCUCAGUGUCUCAUUGUAACACCCUUUUGUUCAGUCCUAGGCCUCCAAAGUGGUUUAGAAGCAUGAGGGCCUCCAGAUAUGUGUGAGGGCCUUUAUUUUUUAUUUAUUUGAUUUUUUGAAAUUGCUUUUAAAAUUAAGAUUCACCUGCAACCAACACUGCUGAAUUUACUUUUAUUAGUUUUUCUGAAAUCCGAUAUUUUAAAAAGAAGCAGAAUUAUUUGCUUUUUUGAAAUGACCUUUAAAAUUAAGAUUCACCUACAACCAACAAUGCUGAAUAUCCUUUCACUAGUUCUUCUGAAAUCAGCCAUUUAAAAAAGAAGCAGAUUUUGUUAUUUCAUAAAUGUGUAUCUACUUUGCCUAUAGAAAACAUAGUGAUUAAAGAAAAACUGCAAUAUUAAUA